AUGUUCGUACUCCGGCCAAAGAAUGGGAGCGCGCAGUGGGACGUGGCCGCGGCACAAGGAUUGUGCAGAGAGCAGGGGGCGCGCCUGGCUACAGCUGAAGAGCUGCGGCGAGCGGUGGAGGAGUGCGCGUUCACAGAAUGUACCACGGGCUGGAUCGCAGGCAACCGGAUCGGGAUAACCAUAUGCAGUAACAUGGGGUUCAACCAACAGGACAUCCAAACCAUUCGAGUUAAAACUGAAGCAGCUUCUUCACCUGGUCCAUAUGAUUCAUUCUGCAUUAAAGAUCAAGGUAAGCCUUGUGGAGACCCUCCGUCCUUUCCCAAUACCAUUCUCCAGGGCCACACUGGAAUUGAAAUGGGUGAUGAGCUGCUUUAUGUCUGUGCCCAAGGUUACGUCAUGGCCAACAGGGAGAGAGCCUUUAGCCUGCUGUGUGAUAGCUGUGGAGAAUGGUAUGGAUUCGUUCAAGCCUGUAUGAAAGGUGAAACUGAGGGACAUGUUGACUAUGAAGACAAGUUCCCUGAUGAAGACUCAAUGUCAUUUUCUGAUCUUAAUGAGCAAGGCAGAAUCAUUGUUUCGGAGAAUGGUGAGACAGGUAUGGGCGAUGAACUAGAUGAAGGUACUGAUGGAUCAAUAGGAGAGGAUGGCCAAGAAACACCUAAAUCAACUGAGUCACCAAUUUCAUUACUCAGCCAGAAGCAUCUAUUUUGGUUCCCUUCUGAAGUGUUUCCCAACACUGAGCAGCCAGAUACCAAGGAACCAGAAAUGAAGUCCAAGCUCCAAAUUACUUCAAGUGAUAAUCAAAUUGGGGUGAAGACUGAUGUUAUCAAAGGAGUCCAAACAGCUCAAGGCAAAGAUUUACCUGCUGAACCAUCCAUUGUUUCAUCCAUAACUAAAGUUAUUGAGGAAACUAUUGCUAACACGGAUGAAACCUGGGUAGAUGGCUAUCCCAUUGUAUCAGAAAACACAGAGGAAGGUGAGAAGCUUGACAGAUCAAUGCAAGUAGAAGAUGAAACUAUUGUCACCACAGACCAUUCCAACCAUAUUGAAAUCAGCAGGGCCGAUACUCCAACCACAACCUCUGCCAUUCACUACACACAGAUAAGUGUACCAACUAGAAUGCCUGAUCAAGGAGUUAGACAAGUGGACAUUGGUCUAACACCAACUACAGAACCUGAAAAUGUCAGUGCCAAUAAAGCUAUCGAAGAUGUCAAUUUCUACACAACUACCUUCUUGAUUACAGGUGUUGAUGAGUCCUGGAAAUCCUCUGAUGUAAUGACUGAAUCUUCACCAUCUCUAGAAAACACUGGAGUAAGUGAAGGUUUACACCCUGCAGAUCAUGCCUCAAUCCCCACAGAAACAGAGGAGAUUUCAACCCAUAAUAUUGUGACUUUAAGCACACCUGCAGCUAGUACCCAGACUUUGAUGGAUUUUACAGAAAUAGACAUUAUUGAUGUAUUUGCUAAAGGGAAGAAUUUCAGUGAUGGCACUGAGGCCAAACUGCUCCCCACUGUUGACAGUUGCACAGGAGACGAAUGUUUGCACUCAAAGAAAGGCCCCAUAAUUGCUGUCAUUGUAACACUGGUUGGUCUGCUGGUAUUAGCAGUGAUAUUGGCUGUAUGGUGCUACAAACGCAGACAUCAGAAAACUUCCAUAUACCAAAUGAAUGGAAAGGGACAAAUGAGACGCACUGAGCACAUUGAGAUGCAGUAUAAAGUGUAAUUUUAAAAAUUGCUUAUUGAGGAAGGUUCUGCAAUAAAAGUGGGGCUAUCAGAAAUGACCCAACUUAAAAAUGGGAAGCAUUCCAAUACAGUAUGAGUUGUCUUAAUUCAAAGAUGCUUUCAAUACUUACUAUUACAAAGAAAUAUGCUUAAAAUACAUUGAAUAAGCAGAAUGAACAAUGAGUUUGAUUGGUUAAGCAGACAAAAAAAAAACACUGCUUCCAUUGGAAGAAUGAUGGGUGUACCAAUGACCUCUGAACAGGGACACCCUCUCGUUCAGUUGCAAUUGGACAUUAAAUUUGACUAGACAUCCUGGAGAAUCUUGUAAAAUUAAGGGUGGGAACUUUAGGUGGCUCAUGUCAGAAUCAUGUAAAGAUUUGUACAUAAUUGCUAUUUAGGUUCUUUGUUAUAACAGUCUGCAUGUGUUUAACAAUUGUAAUCCAAAAUACUGCAAUUAAUUGAACUUAAUUUUGAGAAAAUGCGAUAUUUAUUCUACUCCUACUGUAUUUAUUCUACUUUAAUACGCAACUGUCUUUUACUAAAUAGCUUCACACUGUUCUGUAUAAUGGCCAAGAAAAUCAAAUCUCAUCUUUCAUAAAAUGAGGCCAUCUUAAAAAUAUCAAUACAAUCUCUCCAU